AAUUUAAUUGUAAAGUCAAAUAAAGUGCAAAACAUAUUGAAUGAAUUGUUUUGUAUGAAAAGUUGGCGUAUUUUCUGAGCACUAGUUUUAUAUGAAAUGAAAUGAUUGACUGAAUGUCUCAUUGAAUACACACUUCAGUCAAACGGAUAUUAAAUUCAGUGAAUAUUAACCAAUUAAUUGAGACUUCAUUUUCAUCCUAACUAUUGCCACAAAUUAAUAAAUCCAUGGAUUUUAAUAACACACCACUCGUGGUGUCAUUGCUGGCCAUCAGCGGUACCACUCUUUUCAUACUCUAUAAGCUGUUCUCCAAGAAAUCAAAUCCAAGAUUUCUGGUCAAUCCGGAAGAGAAAUAUUGGGUUCCGUUGAUAGAGAGGGAAGACAUCUCUCACGACACCCGACGCUUCCGAUUUGGUCUGCCAUCAGAUCAACACAUAUUAGGUCUUCCGGUGGGACAACAUAUCUUCCUCACGGCUCACGUCAACAACCAGUUAGUCAUCAGAGCCUACACUCCCGUCUCCAGCGAUGAUGACCAGGGAUUCUUCGACUUAGUCGUCAAAGUCUACUUCUCCAACACUCACCCGAAGUUCCCAGAGGGCGGCAAAAUGUCUCAGUAUUUGGAAGCCAUGAAAAUCGGUGAUAAGAUGCAAAUCCGUGGACCCAAUGGUCUCCUCGAAUACAAAGGUAGAGGAAAACUAUCGGUGAAACCGGACAAAAAGAAACCGCCGGUCCUUCAGGACUAUAAGAAGAUCGGAAUGAUUGCCGGCGGCACUGGUAUCACACCAUGUCUUCAACUCAUUCGACAGGUCUUUAAAGACCAAAACGAUAGGACAGAUCUAUGGCUUCUUUACGCCAAUCAAUCGGCAGAUGAUAUCCUUUUGCGCAAAGAGUUGGAAGAAGUGGCCAAAGAGCAACCCAACCGCUUCCACCUCUGGUAUACUGUGGACAGACCUGAAACCGACUGGAAAUACAGCUCCGGAUUUAUAAACUCAGACAUGAUUAGAGAGCAUUUGCCGGCACCGGCAGAUGACACUUGUAUUCUAAUGUGUGGACCGCCGCCGAUGAUUAACUUUGCCUGUAAUCCUAAUCUGGAUAAACUGGGUCAUCCCAACAACAAGAGAUUUGUUUAUUAAUGCCGCCCACACUUAACCGUU